CAGCUCGGCGAUUCAAUUCUCAGAAGAUGAUGGCUUUCGCUGGAAUCACGACGACUUCAAAUCCAACUUUUCUUGGGCUAAGGAUCUCUAACACAAGUUUACCUUCUGUGGUUCCAUGUAAUUCGAUUUCGUUUCCUUCUUUGUCAUAUGUGAAUCUUAAUCUCAAUCUCAAUCGGAGAAACCGCCUCUUUGUUCGAUCCACUUCAGUUCCAGCUGCACCUGCAAUGGAAGGACUGAAGCCGGCAAUAUCUCUGUCAGAAAAUGCACUUAAGCAUCUGAGUAAGAUGAGAUCAGAACGUGGGGAAGAUUUGUGCUUGAGAAUUGGUGUCAAACAAGGAGGAUGCUCUGGGAUGUCUUACACUAUGGACUUUGAGAACAGAGCAAAUGCAAGAGCAGAUGAUUCCACCAUCGAAUACGAAGGAUUCACUAUAGUUUGUGAUCCAAAGAGCAUGCUCUUUCUUUUCGGAAUGCAGCUUGAUUACAGUGAUGCUUUAAUUGGUGGAGGCUUCUCUUUCUCCAACCCUAACGCUACACAAACCUGUGGAUGUGGGAAGUCUUUUGCUGCCGAGAUGUGAACCGGUUUCACAUAUUGCAGUAAAUAAAUAAUAUAGUUAUAGUUAAUAGAAAACUUUUUAUUAUGGUUGUAGAAUGCCCAAACAGAAUCUGCAAGUUUUUUUUUUUUCACUUGUGAUGAACAAACCAAAAUUUUAAUAAAUUAUUCAACCUGGUUA